UCAACGCGCGUUCACGUUUUCCGUCUCCGCGUUCACUUGUCGCCCAUCGUCACAACUUGUGUGAAGACCUUCAAGAACACUGUCAGUGUAAUAUCCACCUUACACACGGAUAUAUUGCACUUGACAUCUGCAAGAUGUGGAAAUCAGUCGUGGGCCACAAUGUGAGCAUGAAGGUGGCUGCAGAGGGGGACGACUGGGAGACAGACCCUGACUUUGAGAAUGACGUAUCAGAGCAGGAGCAGAGGUGGGGAGCAAAGACCAUCGAGGGCUCGGGACGUAAAGAGCACAUCAGUGUUGCAGAGCUCAGAAACAAGGUGGCUGUGGAGCACGAGCAGGUGAAGCAGAAGGAUCAGACUCCCAAAGCUUCAUAUGGAUAUGGAGGGAAGUUUGGAGUGGAGAAGGACCGAAUGGACAAGGUGGCUUUGGGGAACGACUAUGUGGCACAAGUCGAGCAGCACUCUUCCCAGAAAGAUGCGGCACUAGGGUUCGGCGGGAAAUUUGGUGUUCAGAAAGACCGCGUCGACAAGUCUGCCAUGGGCUUUGAAUACAAAGGAGAGAUGCAGCAACAUGCAUCUCAGAGAGAUUACUCAAAGGGAUUUGGAGGAAAGUACGGGGUGGAGAAGGAAAAAGUGGACAAGGCCGCUUUGGGGUACGACUAUAAAGGCCAGACAGAGAAGCACCAGUCACAAAAAGACUACGCUAAGGGAUUUGGAGGAAAGUACGGAGUGGAGAAGGAGAAGGUGGACAAAGCUGCUUUGGGGUACGACUAUAAAGGAGAAACAGAGAAACACCAGUCACAGAAAGAUUACUCAAAGGGAUUCGGAGGGAGGUUUGGUGUUGAGAAGGAGAAAGUGGAUAAAGCUGCCUUGGGCUACGAUUAUAAGGCAGAGACGGAGAAACAUCAGUCACAAAAAGAUUAUUCAGCAGGUUUUGGAGGUCGUUAUGGAGUACAGGCAGACCGCAUGGAUAAGAGUGCAGCUGGCUUCUCAGACAUGGACUCCCCUACCUCUGCUUAUGAAAAGACACAACCAUUAGAGGCCUCAAGUGUAGGUGCAGGAAAACUGAAGGCACGUUUUGAGAACAUGGCGAAGGCUUCAGACGAAGAGAACAGGAAGAAAGCAGAAGAAGAGAAAACGAGGAGACAAGCUAGAGAGAGCAGAGAGCGAGAGGCAGCCAAACACAGACAGGAGCAGAGCAGCAAAGAGAAGGAAAUCUGUCCACCACCUGUUCCAGAUGUGGAUCCAGAGUAUGACCUGCCACCACCAGAACUCCACCAGCACAUGCCAGAGAUAGAAGAAAUACCUGAGCCACUGCCAGAACCAGAACCACAGCCAGAGGAGGAACCAGAAUGCGAAGAGCCCCCGGCCUUGCCUCCACGCUCAGACGAUUUCCUUGACCUGGAUGCUCCCCCACUACCUGACAGGUCGGAGUAUGAGGAUGAGGAUGAGGAUGAAGGACAGUACGAGGAACUUGCUGAACUGCCUCCUCCUGUGCUGGCAGCUGAGGACAAUGACUAUGAAGACUUGACGUGUGGCCAGAAGGCGAUAGCAAUUUAUGACUAUGAAGGAGAGGCUGAUGAUGAGAUCUCCUUCAACCCGGAUGACGUCAUCACCAACAUAGAGAUGAUUGACGACGGCUGGUGGAAGGGACAGUGUCACGGACGUAUUGGCCUAUUCCCGGCCACUUAUGUUCAGCUGAUGAAGUGAACGACAUGCUCAGGGAGUUAUUGCACGAGCUUCACUUUGGCACAAUUUAAGGUUUCUUAGGUUGUUCAACAAAAGAAAUUUUAUUUUCGCAGUGUAUUUAUAGAAUAAAUCACAACAAAUCUGUGCCAAAAUGGCUUCUGGUUAGCUGAUUUCUAUACUUUUACUGUGUACAAUCUGUGGUAAUGAGUAUCUGAGGGUAGUAUGACCACCAAAUCCAUAUUAGCGACAGGGAGUUACAUCUUGUGUCGGCAAUGACCUGAUUGGAGCCAUUAAAAUAUUCUACAGGCAAGCUUCUUUGUGUUGUUUGUAUACCAGCAACUUUUAUCAGUCCAUUUCUCAUUAGUGUCAACUCACAUUAACGUUUGGCUAUUAUCACCUUUCCCUGGCAAUGUAUCGUAUUGUGAUCAUAUUGUGUUAUCAUUUGACAUAAUUCUGCUCAUCAAAUUAAUGAUUUGUAGCAAAGUGUGGCUAAAAAUUGAAGAAAAAAAAUCUGUUAAUAAAGUUAUUUCACAAGUGAAAA